GGAAGACGAUCCGUAGGAUGCAGGGGAAGAUUCGUAUUAACAAACCGAUGCGAUCACUUGAGAGACUCAUGCUGUACGGAAAACAGACACAUCGGAUGAAGAAAGCCUCGCACAAUGACGAGGGUUUGCCGUAGCAAUAUUGUCGUCGACGUGUGGGACAAAAUGUUGAAUCUAUGAAUCUAUUUGCCCAUGCAGUGUGUCUGCGUGAGAAGUGAUUUUGUAGUCGUUCUUCUUCAGACUACUUGCUGAUGUCCGUUAUAACGCAUCAACCAUGCCUCGUGCCGUGGCAAGGAAACAUACGCCCGUCGCAUACUCACCGUCCUCCUAUGUCAAACAGAAAGUUUCCAGAGCAGUCAGGUCUGUCUUCACGCUGCUACGCCGGGCCUCGAUUGCACUAGGAGCAUUCAUCGUCUGGCUCCUCAGUCUGGUCACCUAUCUCAAUGUCUUACCGACCAUCUCACGAUGCCUGAAGCCUCGCCGACAACUCAGGAAGAAACAGUACGAGGUCAAUGACAGCGUGACAUACGUGUCUGGCUUCCGAGAUAGACUUCUUCAGUUCGUCAGCACAGAAUCAGCCAAUAGGAAACGUCUGCUGCGAUGGGUCAAAGAGCAAGCGCCAAGUCUCCAACACGUGACCGACCUGUCCAGCCAAUGGUGUGACGGUAGGUCACUCUGUGUGCUCAUCAAUGCAGUUGUGCCCGGCACGUGUCCCGGCCAUGACUUGCUACGGCGGGAACACGCCGUCAACAACUGCAGACUGGCCAUGCGACUGGUGCAACGAAACCUGGGAAUUAAAGAGCCUAUGACACCGGACGAGAUGGCAGAUGCUAAGCGUAUCAACGAGCGGAAGAUGACGCAGUACAUCAUCAGUAUGCAGAACGCCAGCUUCAUCCCUAUAGAGGAACCGGAGACCCCCAUCAAACUUGUGGAGGGUGGUGGCGGUCCAAUAGAACCGGCCAUCGAGAAGGAAUGCAGCGCGAGCGGCAGCGGCCUGGUCGUGGCUGUGGUCGACAAGAGAGCCCGGUUUACUAUUACCACCCAGACGUACAAGUACAAGAACCUGUACGUAGAGAUCACCGGGCCCAACAGAGAGAAAGUCCGCAGGAAGAUUGUGACUACCAAGGUGACUCGAGGAGUUUUGAUGAAUGGUGAGUCUAGCCAGUCCAGCAAGGAUGAACAACACCCUGAAGAUGACGGUCCACCGGAGCCCAUACCUCUGGAUUAUCAAGUUAUCAAACCGGGGUCGUAUCAGGUUAACUACAUACCGAGGAGCUUAGGGAUGUACCAAGUGGCAAUCACAUGGGGCGGGGAGCACAUCAAGAACAGCCCGUUCAAAGUGCGGUCCACCACGGCUAAGAACAUCGAGCAGACUGCCGUGCGAGCCAGCCCAGGCAUUGUCAAAGCAGUGUCGUUCCAGGAUGAUCAUGACGUAGCGGCGGAGCAGGAGGGAGGGUCCGAGCAAACACCCCCCUCGGACACUGAGAGUAACUCGACCAGGUCCCGUCGACAGUCCCUGGUCAGACAAGCACAUAUCUCCCAGCUGCGAGACUCCUACGAGAGUACGAGUACAUCCCCCUUCAGCAGCAUGUGUAGCAGUAUGGUCAGCAGCAUGGAUCACAGUAUGGAUAACGCUUCUGAUGUGUUCUUGCCCAAUCACCACGGUCAUCCAGCCGGGACUCACCCGUUCCUGUCUCGCCACAACUCUUCGGUGAGUACAGGGUCUUCACGCAGCGGCUCCAUACUUAGCAGAAGUAGCUCCAUCAUGUACAGCACCGAACGGCCACCCACUGUGAAGACUCGAAGGAAAGUCAUUCGGAGAAUCAUUAAAGGUGCUGGAGGCACGGAGGAGGUGACCUAUCCUAACAUUCGAAGCUCCUCCAUUUUAUCCUCAUCUCAGAUGUCUAGCAUGACCAGCACUCCUUCCAUAUCCACCUCCAUGAGUAUUGAUGACCGAUCUCCCAAGUUCAGCACAUCUUCUUCCUCGUCUGCGGCUAGUGCCUCCUUCGCACGUUCACAAAGCGCCAAGAACGUCGACCAUUCUGAGAAAUACGCCGACCACAUGUCCAAGAUCCUCAUCGGUAGUGCGCUCAACGAAAUUUCGAGGCAGGUGGCCACGAAUCUGAUGGCCAAGCGCCAGGCUAAAGACGAGAGUGACAAGAGAGAUGCCCACCUUCAGACGGACAAGAAACCGCCUUGUGGACACAGUCCGAGCAGUUCCAGGGAAGUUAUUCCAUCCAGAACAAAGCCGAGUGCCGUCGAUCACAAGCCACAUUCAAUUCCGCAAGAGUUAGCUUCAGACGCAAACACAACCCGUGGCGCUGAAGCUGAGAAGCCACACAAUGUUUCAGAGCAAUCCGGACAACCAUCGAAGCAAACUGAGAACCCUGCAAGUCUUGAUCAGUAUCUGAAGUACCGAAAUGAGUUCUUACGAAGCUUCGAUAAAGACACUCAUCCAACCGAUCCGACACCUCAAAAGACAAACGAGGACAAAUCAGAAGGGACACAAACAGUUGCAAGACCACGGCAGGUGCCAAGCAAUGUAAAACCCACCCACACGCCAGCAGGACAUAUCCGAAAAACACACAAAAAGAGGAAGGAGGAUAAGGCGACACAGUGCACCGCCCAGGACAUCAAGACAGCCACGGGGUGGAUAAGCAGACGCAACGUGUACAGAAACGCCCACGUCAACAGCAGGCAGAAAGACAGCAACGGUGACAGCGCCCUGGGGGAGAGCGAAGGGUCUGUUGUCAACUCAUCCAGCGACAAAGACAACGCGCAUCCUGCAACCAACAAGGUUGUUCGCAGACCGACUGACCAACCACCAGUGCCAGGACCGACCCAGCCACGGGGAUCUGAGAGCAGCACACGGCAGGCUGAUCUUGACCCAGGCGGAAGGACCAUCGGUGCCCCGGUGCAACACAGGAGAGGCCGAUCUGGAACACAGAGCUCCAGCCAAGGUCGACAGUCGACUUUCGACAGUGGCUUCUCUGAUGAAAACGGACACAUCGUCGGGCAGGAGCACAGGCGAAAUGCAGACGAUAUCAGAGGUCGACGCCUAGGACCACUGGUGAACGGUAAACCGGACAGAGGCAAUCGAUCAUCUACUCCGGACAACCAGAUCGGUCUAGAUCGCGAUGAGAACAUGAGAAGCACGGCAACAAACUCAAAUGUUGUUGCGAUCCAAAAAGACAGCAACGAACAAAGUGCGGAGGAACAAACUGACGUCCGAAACAUUCCCAUACAGAUAGUGCCAGCGUCACCCAUCACCCCCCUGAAUGACCAUUUCAAAAAUGAAUCAAGUAAUCAGGGAACCAUCGCUGAGGAUGUCUUGAGAUUUUCGUCGGACAAUGACAGUGACAAGGAAGAGUUUGUGUCCGGUCAGCAUCUGAGCGUUGAGCCACUUUGCCUUGACAGCUCGACUGCCCCAACGCCUGGUGACUCCUCCGUUGGAAACAUCUCAACACCCGAGGAAGACGUUACGUUCACGGACUGUAAGUCAAACACCAGCAGCGGCAUACCCGGCGGGAAAUCCCCCUCGGCGCUUUUCGACAACUUUGCCGGCGGUGUCUCAGCGGGUGAAGCCCUGGAAGACACCGAGACACUGAGGGAGAUGUCCCUGGACGUCAUGCUUCAGAGCCUUGAGAACGAUCCCGAUUACUCGACAAGGGAGUUUCUGCGCAAGUACCGGCCGAUGAUGGAGGACGAAUUGGGAAUACUGUCCCAACUGCCGACUACGGAGCCCGACGGAGACCAUCAGGAGUACCAGAAAGAGAAAGCUGAUGUGUCCAGUUUCCAAGACAACAGGACAGCAUCCAAGGAGGAGAGUUUGGCAGCAUUGAGUCAACCCAUACCGGAAAGAUGCCAUGCCUCAGGAGUGGGACUGUAUAAUGGUAUCGUCGGGGAAAAGAACAAUUUUCAGGUUCGAACGCUGUCGGCUGGAGACGGCUCCCUCAGCGUCACUAUCCGUGGACCGCGCCCUCACACGGUCAACGAGACCAAUGUGGUCUACACAGGAGACGAUCUGUAUGAGAUCAUCUAUGACGUCAGUCUGGCCGGCUUCUACGUCAUUUCCGUUAAGUGGGGCGACAAGCAUGUCCCCGACAGUCCCUUUAUCGUCAAGGUCACAUUCUAGGAAUG